GUCAUAUUCUGUUGUUGCCCUGUUGUGGACGUUGGCUGGCUGCCAGUGAUGGCCCAGUACACGAUUACCGAUUGUCUUUGUUGACAUUUGUGGUUUAUUGCUUAUUUCGAUGUAUUUGGAUUUUCAUCGGUGCUGUGCUUAUGUGCCAGUAGCUUUGGCUGCAAGUCGUUGCAAUUGUUGGUUAAUUGAUGAUGUUUUUUUCCUUCGAAAAAUAGUUUGAUGUCACGAUUGUGCAUGGAGUUUGUGACUUAAGUGAUGAGAACGAGAGUUUUGGUGGAGAAAUGUGAGGAUCGCGAAAAACGAAGAUGGAGAAGCACAAAGGACUGCUGAAAAGGAACAGUGCCAGUGAUGAUAAAGUGGUGGAUACGUGCAAGACUCCUGAGAGAUAUCAGCAGUAGAAGGUGGAAAGAAAGUAUUACAGCAUAUACUUUUACGCAACACCUAGUCGGCGAUAAAAGAUACAUAGACUAGCGAAUUAUGGGGUCUUCUUUGAAGUUGCUACUGUUAUCAACGCUUCUUCUAUUACUACUACUGCUACGGCAACAAGAAGCAGUGGAGGCGCUGAGGGUCGAAGUAAAGGUUCCACCGUACCUCAAGAAAGGCGAGUCUGCCAGGCUGGAGUGCAGGUACGAGCUGGGCUCUGAUAAGCUGUACUCCGUGUCCUGGUACAAGGACAACGUGCACAUCUACAAGUUCUUGAAAAAACAACACGAAAAGCUGGUUUUCAAUGUAAAUGGUGUCACAAUCGACCCGCACAAAUCAAGUGACCAGUUGCUGCAGCUUCAGAGCGUGAUCAUCGACGCGACCGGCUACUACAUGUGCGAAGUGAACACUGACAGUCCUGUGUUUAAGGUCGUAAAGGCCAUGGCUUACAUGGAGGUCAUAGAUCCACCUCGGGAAGGUCCGACGAUUACUGGUGAUGAGGAGAUAUACGCUAGUGGUGAUAUCAUGGCACUAAACUGCACCAGCGCCUUCUCGUAUCCAACGGCUCAGUUGCAGUGGUUCAUCAACGAACUCGAGGUUCCACCGGACUCGGAAGUGAUGCAUUUGACGCGACGCGGCCUUCACAGUACCCGUUCGAGUCUCCGGUUGGAGCUCCAACCAACUCAUUUAACUCACACAACGAUAAAAAUCACAUGCGUGCAGACAGUACGGACUUCAUCUUUAGCUACAAAACCCUUCAUAGAUGUGAGGGAAACUCAAAUUUUUGUUCAAGGCCACGCGAGUAGUCUAUCCAGACCCUCGGCGAUAAUGUUCGUGUUGAUGCUGCUUUCGGUGCUGCUCUGCAAGGAUUAGAGAAGACGAAUGAACGUGGACAGCUGUACUGCAGCUGAGAGCUGAGGAUAAGUGAGAAAAGACAAUCAUUUUUUCCUCGACGAGCAUGUGUACAUAUAUUUAAAAACAACUGAUGGUGAACAGCCUCUAUUUUAAUGUAGCCAAGCAAUGUGCGAGGUUUGAAGUAAUUGAUAAAAGAAAAAAAAAAUUAUUCGCACCCCAAUUUUUUUUUCUCUAAUUUCAUCUACAUUAAGCUAUGAAAAUUAAAUAAAAGUUAAUGCGAAUUAUAAACAAUAUAUGAUAUCAUGUAAACGUAAAAUUGUUCGAAAUAUCGACCGUGAACAUGAUACAAGAAAACCAAUGUCACCGUGUGUACAUAGUACAUGAAGAGGAAUUUAUGCCACAUAGCCAUAUAUCAACAUACACAUGAUACGUGUACAUCAUAAGUUUCAAUGAAAGUAAGAAUAAUAAAUAUAUUACGUGAUACAGAAACCCAAAAGAAAGUAUACUCUAAUCUAAAUACGAGAAAGAGAAAUUGUGUACUCCCCCAGUGCGAAAAACACAAUGAGGGUGAGGGUGAUUGUACAUGAUUCCGUAUCAAGAAAAAAAAAGGAAAAAGAGAAAACCAUCAGACUGUGACCGAACGAGUGUGAGGCGAGUCCACGAUGAUGGUUGCUUAUCGUUUAAAGAGAGACGGCUUGCGGUCAUUUUAAUACAGCCGUGACGCUUUACCACGUCAUGCGUGUAAGCAAACAUGCAAGGAAUGGGGGAAGUAAGAAAAUUUCAAUGUACGUAUGGUAAGGGAUGAUAAAAAUAAAAAAAAGCAAAAAUGACUGACGUCGCGUAAAUUGUGUCAGGCCCUCCCGCCCCUAUCGUGCGUGGUUUAUUGACAUUUGUUUCUCCCCGUGUAAAUAUGUAUGUUUUUGUAAGCUCCGUAAGGCUACAUGUGUGCGAGGCUACGUGAGUAAAUCAGACUAAACUCGCAUUUGGUAAAACUUGACUGGCACUUCAAUACGCUUUGCUUUAUAGAUCAAAUAAACUCGGCUGGACCCUGUUUCUUUCGGAUAUGAAUGUUGAAUUUUUUUUGACCUCAUCAAUGUUGUUGAACCAUCUUAUAAUAACAGAUUACUUAAGUUCCUCACAUUGAGCCAAAACAUUACACGUUGCUUAUUUAAUCAGUUUUCACUAUAUAUAAUAUAUUAAAUAAAAUGAACUACAAAUGAGAGAAAAAGAAGGACGACCCAAAGUUUGACUGAAAUUAUUCACACGUACUUUGAUUCAGAGGUAAAUUGGUGAACCGGAAAGACACCGUCUCGUAAAUUGCUUACUUCCUUCACUUCCUUACCCAAAAAGCGUUGUAGUUGUUGUUACUCGUAAAUCAAGCAUAGGCAAAAGAUGUAGGCAUAGGAGGAGAAGCAUAAUGUAUGAGGCCACGUUGUUUAAGGCUGCGUAAGCUUUGGUACUAAUUAUAAGUUUUAAUUGGUACCUACACGUCAUUGGUAAAUACUUGUGGCCUCCGAACCCCAACACUAUCUUUUCUUCAUUUAACUCCUGUACAACCGCGUAUUAUAUCUCUGUAAUGAAAGUACUCUUAUCUGCUGCGAAAUAGAUCGAAUACACGUAAACACUUUUCCAAAGCUUUCCCCAAGUUAUUGAUUGUUCAUGAGUCUAGCUGUCUGAAUUUAGUAUUUUCAUUGAAGAGCAAGUGGUAACGUAUUAAAAUGCCGAAAAGAAAACCAAUCGAAAAGUACAGUAUUUUAAAAUUGUUUUUGCAUCGCAGUAUUUUUAACGAAAAAAUAUUUUUCACCUCAUGAAAACCAAAUACGUACCUUUUGCUACAUCAUCUAAUGCAAAGCUACAGAAAAAAAGGAAGAAUGUGAACAAAUCGAAAGUAGCUAUAGUAUAAUAUCCAAGCAUUGCGCAUUGCAGGCCGUUCUACGUUAAUGACGAGAGAGUGCUUGGAGGAGGAAAGAGAGGGUCGAGGUGAAUGGUGCAAUGGUUUGCGAGUAAUAGGGCUGAGUACAAGUCUGCUUCACACUGUCGCACCUAUAGUAGGUAGAGGAACAAAGUACAAUGCAUAAGCAAGGAGGUGGAGGAGAAAGCACUGCCUGGUUUUUGUUCUUUUCAGUUGGGGGAAAGAAAGGAAGCGGAAUCGUGCCAUUUUCCAGUCGGACAAUUAUGUCACGGAGCGAUGAGGGUGUACGCCGAGUGACUUUGCGAAUACAAAGAAUAAAAACUACGUUGAUUUUUACGGUGAAACUACGGUAAUGCCGAAAUAUUGAGCAAAUACAGAGUUUCACGAUAAACAAUAAUGCAGUUCUGUUUUCUGUAUAACCACAAACAGUCGAUUAUCAGAGGGUUAUGACUUUGGGAGUUUAUUGAUCGGUUUAUUUGCGAAUUGACAAUGGAAUUUGAUGAAAUUAGAACUAUCUAUUGUCUGGUUUAAACAUUUUUUUUUUAAAGUUGACCAAUAUUUUACAUACAUUGCAUUGUGCAAAAGAUAAAUUCAAACUAAUAUUUAUGAUCCUGAUUUCCAACACUAACGCAAUGAGAUGGAAGGUCUGUAAAUUUUCUCUGCUACUCUUUAGAGAAAGUGCACUUCAGGAGAGUAUUGAAGGAAAUAAGUAUUCAUAAAAGCUGAUAUUUCUGGGCGACAUGGCAUAUUAA